UUCUGCUCUCGGCUGUGUCAAUAUAUAUAGCAAAGAUCCUCGCUCGGACAGGCACAGGUGGGCCCCAAUCUCGCGAUUCGAUGGGUUCGUAGCCGCAUCGCGAGCUAGUUCUUGCGGGAUUCCGACUGCCUGCCAUUAGGCUGGCUUGGUUUGGUGCCGCACGUUGGGAGCUUCGGCGAAUCGUUGAGUUGGGGGCCGGGUGCUCCUCCUCUUCCUCCUCCCGAUGGGGGGUUGGAACAAUCGGCCAUGGCAGGCGAGGCGCCACCACGACCGCUCCCGCCGCCCUUCACGUCCUCCUCUUCCCCCGCCGGAUUACGGACACGAGCACUGCUCAGUCCCAUUAUGGGAAAGGGAAUUUUGCAGUUAUGUUGGUGACAUUUCUUGGAAGAGAUUCUGUGAAAACAAGCAAUAUGUUGAAGUGUAUAAUAACCUAGAGCAAUGGGAUGAUUCAGCGGCUUUUGAGAAUUUUCAGAAUGCAAAGGUGAGGUUCUGGGCUAAUUAUCACGGUCUACCUUCUGACAUACCUUUGCCGGACCCUGAUAUGUAUAUCGAUAAGGUCGACCACCGAUGCAAAGUCGACCCUGAGUUGGUAGCUGACCUGGAUAAGGAACGUCUACCACCAUUUGACUCAGAUAAUAAUUUGGUCCCAGCUACUGAGGCUGAUAAGAAGUGUUCUCAGAACCAGUCUGGAAACUGGGACAUCUAUGUAGAAAAGCCAGCUCAAGUUAAUACUUUGGAGGACAAUUCAAGAUCCAACUUGAGUUGGGGAGUGAAGCCUGAAUCUUUCAAUAAAUGGGGUAAUAGCAACUCCGGUUGGGGUCAUGCUCUAGAUAACCCCAGUUGGCGCAGUUCGAGCAAUAACUGGUAUUCAUCAAAUAACAGGAAUAACUGCGAUGGUGGAUCCAACAACAGAUACCAGGAUCCAAGUAACAUAUCUGGGAGGAAAAGGAACAGUGGUGGACACAUCCAGCAGAGAAACAAUAAACAGAGGAGCCAGGUUGAGGGCUACCGAAGAAGCAGCUGGCAGGAUCACAGAGGAAGAAAUAGUGAAUGGCGUCCACUACACAACCGGGCUUGCCAGGAUGGUCAGGGAAUAGAAGGUGGACUUUGAUUUCGUGGCGAAAUCACAGAGUUUUGAUGAGACCUGGAUAGUUUCUAGCUUUUGUUUUGAGCAGUGAGUUGGCUGUUGGAGAAGUGGUAACUGUGCAUAGAUGUUUGGGUUCUGCUACUGUUAUUUCAGAGAUGUUGUCUUGGUUUUCUUUUGUCCUAAUGGGAGCAUGGCUGCUGCCAUUUCAUUGCAAAGAUGUUAUAAAUUAAUCUAGUUGCAACACAUUUACACAAUCCUGCAUGUUACAAUAAUUAU